AGAUUUGGUUCGUGAUCCUUCAAUUACAUUAAGUCAAAUUUCCCUCUAGUUAACAAGUUUCAAAACAAAGAUGAUGAAAGCUAUAAGGAAUCUUUUCGGCGCUCCACUUGCUCCACCAGAUCUGGCCCCUACAACCACUUUACACAACCCCACAUCUUAUAGCAUUGAAUCUGUUGACCGCACUAUUGUUGAUUCAAUGAGUGUUCCUGAAAUUGAUGAUAAUGAUGUUUCUAUUAAAGCUGUUGUUCAUGUCUUUCCAUCAGAUCUCAUAGAUGUUGACACACCCGUAGCUGCAUCAGGUACUGGAGAAGCUGUAAAGGAUCAAACAUUGAGCAAUGUCAUCAUUGCAUAUAGCUCUAUGCCUCUGUCCAAAAUAGCCCAGGUAGCAGAUGCAAAUUAUAUGAAAGCGGACAACUCACAGUCAUUGGAUAUCAUCGAGAAUCCUGGCCAUGCUAAUAUAAUUGAGUUUAGGUACCGGAUCCCGCCGCGUGUAGUUAUGAUCAUGUCAUCAAGUGGCUAUAAUCUUUGGGUCAACAUUUUCUCUCUAGUCCAGAAGCAUGAGUGGGAGCCACCACCUUGAGGACAAGGUAAACAGAAAGAUUAAUGUGAUCCUGGCGGCAGAUGGGGCGAGAUUGUCGGGAUGGAUGUGACAAGUUUUGAAAUGAUUUAUGAUAUGUCAAUAUUAAAUUCGCUUCCGCAAUAUUGUUAAAUACUCCGUACUGUAUAUGUUAUGAAAAAUAUUAUUGAGAUUAAUAAAGUGUGUUUGAAAAGUUUUAAAUUUUACGAUUACCAAGAUAAAUAUUUAGUCCGAAU